CGUGACGUCGUAACCAGGGAAAAGUCCACUCCAGCGCGCGCAUGACUGACUCAGCGGCUGCUCAGGUCUCCGUCGUGUCUCGAGCUUUAAUAAGAUUAUUAUAUAUUUUAUUACAUUGAAAUGCUCGGUCCGUCUCAUCAUACACGGCAAAUCAGCACCUUCUUGCUCUCCUUCCUCUUUUAAUAUGUCCACUUCCGGCUGCCAGUCGGUGGUGUGAAAUUGAGGAACAUCGAGCUCACGCGCAUUCGUUACAUUCGGGACGCUUUGAAGAUGUUUGACACGCGCGGGAUUCCGUUCGUGCUGCUGGACGUCGUCUGUCUGGUCCUAGCUGGACUCCCAUUCGCAAUACUCACACCGCAACACGCACCGUUCAAACGGGGAUUUUUCUGUAACGAUGAUUCAAUCAAGUACCCUCUAAAGGAUGACACCAUUUCCUAUGAGUUAUUAGGAGGAGUAAUGAUACCUGUCACGCUGCUUACUAUGAUCAUUGGCGAGUGCGUAUCGGUGUAUCUAAAACUUAUCAAAUCAAAGUCCUCUUUUAGCAGCAGCUAUGUUUCCUGCCUCUAUAAAGCGAUCGGCACUUUCGUGUUCGGUGCCGCAAUGAGCCAGUCCCUCACCGACAUCGGCAAGUACUCGAUCGGCCGCCUGCGACCCCACUUCCUGGCUGUGUGUAAGCCUGACUGGAACACGAUCAACUGCUCGAGUGGAGCUUACAUCGAGAACUUCUCCUGCUCUGGGGACCCGAAGAUGGUAAAUGAAGCCAGGUUGUCCUUCUACUCCGGUCACUCCUCCUUCUCCAUGUAUUGUAUGCUGUUCUUGGCACUUUAUCUGCAGGCUCGGAUGAAGUACGAAUGGGCUCGACUCCUGCGACCCACACUCCAGUUCUUCCUGAUUGCUGCAUCUGUAUAUACAGGACUGUCCCGUGUCUCUGACUAUAAACACCACUGGAGUGACGUCCUUACGGGUCUCGUACAGGGAGCCGUCAUGGCCUUACUGGUGGUCUUCUUCGUGUCCGAUUUCUUCAAGAAGCCGGCAGCCCCGCAGAAAGAGGACGAGAUGGGGCACACCAAUCUACAGGAGACGCCGACUAACGGAAACCACUACGACAUCACUACCUGAAGCUACAAGGAACCGUCGCUCUGCAUCUCGCUGUUCCGACAGCGGGGUCGGAUGUCAGAGCGCUCCGAGCGUGAGGAAGGACCACUGGGGUGGAAACCUGUGAAUGUAUCCCCCGCUUUCCCCCUCUGCUACACCCAGACUCUGCAUCCCAUGAUGCCUUUAGGCUAAUGAUGCUGCUUUUCCUGUGUAUGAUGCUAACAGAUUUGCUCUUUAAGCAAAGUUUUUUUUUUUUUUUAAAGAAAAGAAAUAUAAACUCGCUAUACACUUUUUUUUAAUUAAAAUUCUAUUAAAACAUUAUGUACAAAACGCAUUUUGAAGACAAAACAAAGGAGUCAUGAGAGUUGUGAAGCUGAACAAUAAUAAAUAUGUUCCGUCCGCACCGUC